ACACAAAGAGCACUCUCCCUCACACACACACACACGCACACACACACACACACACACACACACACACACACACACACACACACACACACACACACACACACACACACACACACACACACACACACACACACACACACACACACACACACACACACACACACAUUCUCUCUCUCACACACACACACUGCCCAGAGCUCUUCCAACCAGAGCUGGAAGCUUUCAGCCCCAGGUGAAAAGACAGAAAGCGGAGGAGGGGAGUGGAGGCCGGCCAGAGGAAGAAGAAGGAGAGGGCAGAGGGGAUCAGUGAGAAGAAAAGAGUGAAAGACAGAACAGAGCAACCUGUUCGUGAGAUCUGGGACUCUGCUGAAGAAACCGUGGGAGCUGGGAACACAGGCUAUAGGAUGGUUCUGCUGUCCUCUUGCUCCAGGAGGGCUGCAGUGGAGCCUUGACCGUCCUUGGGGGAAGAGAGGGGGUGUGGCCACAACAGACACUGCCACGGCCACCACGCUGCCACAAUGUCCUCCUUGGUGUGCAACAUGGGGCUGGUGCUGGUAGAGUUUGAGUAUGAGUACACGGGCCGCGACGGGGGCCUGGUGUCCAUCAAGCCCAACGAACGAUACAUCCUGCUGGCCAAGACCAACGACCACUGGUGGCACGUGAGGAAGAACGAGCAAGCAAGGCCCUUCUAUAUACCUGCUAAAUACGUCAAGGAGCUCCCCGCAGAGUUCCCAUCCCCGCUGGACUUUGCUGACCCACCCAGUCCCGAUUUGGUCCCGGUUCCUGGGCCGGUGCCAGUGCCAGUCCCAAAGCACUCCGUACCAGACCGGGCAGAAACGAGGGCAGGAGAUGAGGUGACUAUCCGUCUCCGCUCCCCGAAGAGACAUCAGAAGACUGAGCACCGCAUGUCCACAUUUGGCGUACCCUUAGAAUUCCACGACCCGUCUCCCAGGGCAUUGAAGAGCGGCGAGCUGAACGACUCUCUGCCGGGCCUUCACUCCACCAUUGCCCUUGAGGUCCCCUUAACAGUGCCCUCGCCUCAAGCCAACAAUAGUGCCAAACACAAGAAGCAAUUAAGCCUGAGUUCCGGUGUGCUCUUCGGCUCUUCCCUGUCGGUGGAGGAGCCUCUCUCCCUGAACCCCCGAGCCCCCAGCUUCAGCCCAGCUGACCCCCUCCAACGGCCCUCCCAGGCCAUCCCAGUGGAGAGGUCCCUCAUUCCUGAUGCCGAGGUCACCGGUGGCGGGAUUCCCCAUCAGGAACCUCUGAAAGAGCCGGAAUGUCCUCUGGAGCUGGAGGAGGGAGAAAAUGAGAAAUCUAGUGUGGAGCCUGAGGACGAAUCGAAGGAGGACACUGAGAAUAUUUAUGAAUCCAUAUUGGACCUGAAGCUGGAUGAGUCCCCUAUAAUAGUGGAGAAGGCCCCGACAGUGAGUCCUGCUUCUGUGGCUGAAGCUACACCUGUUAUCACUCCCACUUCUCCAUCUCCAACACAGACACAGGUGGAGAAUGCCAGCCCCAACACUGCUGUUUACGCCAACGUCACCGAGCUGAAGAAAAACAUCCCACAAUCCCCUCCGUUAGAAGCUCUGAGUCCUGACUUGCCCCUUACCCAGGAGGGAUGGCAGGUGCACACUGACAAGGACAGCGGGAAAGAGUUCUAUUACCGCCCAGCCACGGGCCAAACCACUUGGGCCGACCCCCACAGCACCCUCCCCUCCGCAGACAUGGAGCUGCCCAAGGAGGCGUUGGCUAUCCCAGCCCUGUCCGUGGCCCUGUCCCCGGGCCUGUCCCCAGCCCUGUCCCCGGGCCUGUCCCCAGCCCUGUCCCCAGCCCUGUCCCCGGCCCUGUCCCCAGCCCUGUCCCCGGCCCUCUCACCAGCCUCAUCCCAGGGUUCCAACUGGGAACAGGUGUUUGAUGAGACCACCGGUCGAAACUACUUCUAUAACCCCACCUCUGGGGCCACGUCCUGGGGAGCUCCGGAGCCCAUCGCUCCCUCCUCUCCUGUUACUGAGCCUCCUGUGCUGAAGCUCCCAGACAGAGGACCGCCCCCUCUCCCAAAGGAAGACUACCUGACAGAAGACCACGAAGCUCCAGACACCUCCUCCUCGGUGUUCCCCAAAGACAUCCCGUCCAUGCCGCAGGCUAAACUGGCCAUCAUACCCCGGGCCAUUCUAGACAGUGUCCCGGCGGGCUGGAAGCGCUCCAUAGAGGCAGAUGGGAAGACCGUAUUCACCAGCGAACGCACACAGGAGCAGUGGCUCAAGUCUGUGGAUCAAGAAGGAAAGACGUACUACUACCUGAGAGACGGCUCCAGAUCCCAGUGGAACCUUCCAGCAGAGCUCCCAGGUGCAGCCAGUCUGUCCAAGGUGGGGAAUGGAGUGGACCAGGACAGCCCGCUGGUUCUGAAGAACUGGAGACACACAAUGGGCCCAGCUCAGUUUGGCCCCUCCCAAGAAGACAACAGGUUCUUUCCAACACAUAGGAGAAACGUUUCGGACGUCACCAGUGAAGCAUCCAGCUCAGGCAACUCCCCUGAGACGCCACGCCAUACACAUCUACUAGAGAAGGCAGGGAUCCUGAACAAAACCAAGGUGGCUGACAAUGGGAAAAGAAUUAGGAAGAAUUGGAGUCCGUCAUGGACAGUGCUGCAUGGAGGCAUUCUCACGUUUCACAAAGACCCUAAAUCUGCACCCUCGGGAAACUCUAACAAGACCAAUCAGAUCACCCCAGAGUACACAGUGGAGCUGCGGGGAGCCACUGUGGGCUGGGCCCCCAAGGACAAGUCCAGCAAGAAGAACGUUCUGGAGUUGAAAACGCGUCAUGGGUGUGAGUACCUGGUCCAGUACGACACAGAGAGCAUCAUUUGUGACUGGCACAGGAUCAUACUGGACACCGUCAGACAGCUGGACCAAGAUCACUUGUCGGAAGAGGAAGAGGAGGAGCCUAUGGAGAAAUCUCCACUUGCUUCAGACAGAGACAAGAGGACCAGCUCAGCCACUAAAAUUACGCCUGGCAUCAGUGCCGAGUCAUCAGAUCAGGGGCGUGUCCGCACCAAACUACGCAAGUUUCUCCAGAAGAGACCCACACUGCAGUCAGUGAAGGAGAAGGGCUACAUAAGAGAUAAUGUGUUUGGUUGUCAUCUGGACACGCUGUGCCAUCGAGAGAACAGCACUGUGCCCAGGUUUGCGGAGAAGUGCAUCAGGGCAGUGGAGAUUAGAGGUCUGGACAUUGAUGGGAUCUACAGAGUUAGUGGGAAUCUAGCUGUCAUUCAGAGACUACGCCACAAAGCAGAUCAUGAGGAAAAUCUGGACCUAGAGGAUGGUCAGUGGGAGGAGAUUCAUGUGAUCACGGGGGCGCUAAAGCUCUUCCUGAGGGAGCUGCCUGAACCUCUCUUCCCUUACAGCUUCUUCGACAAGUUUAUCGCUGCCAUCAAAAUCCAGGACUAUCCUCAGAAGGUGUUGUACUUCCGUGACCUGGUGAGGUCCCUUCCCCUGCCCAACCACGACACCAUGCACCUCCUUUUCAAACACCUCCUCAAAGUGAUUGAGUUUGGGGAAAAGAACCGUAUGUCAGUCCAGAGUGUGGCCAUCGUGUUUGGCCCUACGUUACUCAGGCCCCAGACUGAAUCGGCCAACAUCACCGUUUACAUGGUCUACCAGAACCAGAUUGUGGAGCUCAUCCUCAAAGAGUUUGAGACAGUAUUUGCCCCCAGCUGAGACAUUUUCUAUGGCACCCAUGAGUCAAGAGGGACGGAGACAAUGGGGGUUGCCAAGCCGUGGGAAAAGACUGAUGGUUACAUGGGUUGCUAGAUUUGGUAAAGGGAGAUUCUUUUGUGUCAGUGAACUAGCCUUUAACUGUGGUAGCUCCAAGUCUUCAACCUUCAUCCCAAGUUUCAAACUCGUGCUGUCCACCCAUCCAGUCCACCCAUCCAGUCCACCCAUCCAGUCAUCCAUCCAGUCCACCCAUCCAGUCAUCCAUCUGUUUUGGUACGUCCACUCACAAGAACAUUGACAAAAAAGGAAGUUGAGGGAAAAGGGGAAAAUGGAUGAACAUGUUGACAUACCAAAGUUUACCAUGGAUCCUAUGACAAUACCUGGCAAUAGGCAUCAUGUUUAGUUUUACAAAUUAAAUAUAUAUUACAUGUAGGUGUACAUGUAUUUGGGGGAAUAUUCUGAUGUCGUAUCCAUGGUUUGGAGUGACAUAUCUGAGACAGAUCUGUCUUUUUAGUGGAUGACCUCUUAACUAUAUGUUAAAGUCUAUGAAAAAGCUUAAAUAUUGUAUACCUUCCCGAAUGUUACCUUAUCAACAAUACAACCAAUUAAAAUGGUUGUUGUUGCUUUCCUUUUGGCGAGCCAUACAGAUAGCAAACCACUGCCUUGACUGUAAAGUUAUUUGAUUACUUCCUAAUUUAGAAAAAGGCUGUGAAUUUAUCAAGGAAUACCACUUGCGACUAUAUUGUGAUGCAUUAUGCAUAACGUGGCUGUACGUUAUGGGCAGUAUGUAUGAAAAUAUAUUAUGAUAGAGCAUAACUGUACAUUAUGGCUGUUUUAUAGUAUUAAUAUUAGUACAGAACAAGGAUAAGAACAAUAUAUCAAGAUAUUUUGAACAACUUUUUUUCUCUGUACAUAAGAGUUCAUCUUACCUUAUAAAUGAAUGUUCUUCUAAUAAAAGAAUUCAAUUUCUGUCAA